UUGGCGACAGGGCCGAGCUGAAUUUGUCUUUAAGCUUUUAUUUGUGGCUUAUAAAUCACGUUUUAACGAUUUAUAUCAAAGUGACGAUAUGUUUUGUUGACGAGGAAUGAAGGACAUGGCUGGGGAUGAGCUUGCUGAGUUCAGGGAGAGUUGGAAACAAGAGCUAACGAGUCAAACAGGGGAGCAGCGACCUGUUGGUGAUGUCCCAGCUCAGUCAGGACACAGGGACUCGAAAAACAGGUAUUUUGAAGAUUUAAAAAACCUCAACAAGGCCUGUGGUCCUGAGGAAGAGGUCUGCACCGAGGAGGAUGAAGGGGGCACGGCUGGAGGAGGAGGAGAAGCGGCGGCAGGGUCACAGGAGCAGCCGGAGUAUGUAUCCAUUGCUCGGGGUUUGCUGGGCGGGAGGACCGGUCCUCUGCUGCACAGGAUCGAGGAGGACAGGACACGGAGGAAAAGACAGUUUCACAGCAGGAGCGGGUUCUGCAGCCCGGCCCCGAAACAACAGCAACAGCCUCAAAGGAAGGUGAAGAAAGAGCUGGUGGAUCAACUCAUUCAGGACCUGAAUGAAGUGGAUGACAUUCCCUUCUUUGAUGUCGAGUUGCCGUAUGAAUUAGCUUCAAAGAUCUUCCAGUAUCUGAACUGUACUGAGCUGGGCCGAUGUGCACAGGUGAGCAGGGCGUGGAGAGUCCUUGCCGAGGACGGCGUUCUGUGGUUCAGGAUGUGCACGGGGGCGGGCUACCAUCAGGACGCCAGCGUGUCCGACUCCCCCUGCUGGAAGAGCACACUGCGAGACUGCAGGAACUCGGCCAAAACCGUGCGCUCCAACUGGAAGAAUCGAGUGGGAUCCAUUAGCCAGUUGCAGUUCGAGCUGGGCAAGGUGCUGUGUGACGUCAGCUCCUGUGACAACUUUGUCUUCGCCGGGUACACGUCAGGUGACGUGCGGCUGUGGGACACGCUGCACUGGGACUCUAACGCCUCGUACCUGAAGCCCAACAGCCUGUCAGCGAACACCGAGCCCAGACCUCAUGUUCUCCUCGUCCAAGUCAACAGCACAGUGGCUGCUGCAGCUUAUGAAGAUGGCUGUGUGGACCUGUGGAGCACGGAGACAGGCGGGGAGCCCAUCCACCACUACCAGAUCCCAGGGAGGAUCCAGGCUCUGGCCCUGAGCCCAGACGGCCCCGUGCUGGGCUCCGCAGCCGGGCCGGAUGUUCGGCUUGACUGCGCAGACGAUCACGGCUACUGGAGGACUCUCUGCCGGACCCGGCUCCCGAACCCUGUAGACAGCCUGGUCAUGGUGCCAGGCCGGGUUCACCUGAGCCCGCUGGCAGCUCUGGCAGCAGGAGACUCUGUGCACCUGCUCGACCCACGAGACGAAAAGCCGCGGACGCUCCACUCGGUCUAUGGACAUCCUGUCACGUGUCUGGACGCCUCCGACUCCCAUGUUGCUCUCGGGGUGAAGCGCUCAGGCUGGUCAAUGCACGACGGAGGCAACAAGAUCCACAUCUACAGCCUGGAGACGGGCAAAUCCGCCGGGUGCGUGGGCAGCUCGACGGGAGACUUCACCUGCAUCAACCUGAGGGACUCCGCUCCUCACCUGCUGGUGUGUGGAAACAAGGACAGGAGGGUGAGGGUCUUUGACCUGCGAGCCGGCGACUCCUCCGUGGCGUCCCUGUACGCCCACCACCUGGGCGUGACCUCGGUGCAGGCGGACGACUGGAAGAUCGUGAGUGGCGGAGGCGAGGGACUGGUUUGUGUGUGGGAGCUGAGGAUGGGAGCGAAGCUGUGGGAGACGCACAACCGGCAUCCUGUCAGGCAUGUACGCUUCAACACCAGCACCCUGGUAACGGCCAACAUCCCAGACGACAAGUCACCGCGGGGGGCCUGCAUCACCGACGAUGACCUCACAGCUCACCGCAGACACCGGGGCGUCAUCUGCCACUUUGACUUCUCGGAGGACGCUCUGUCCCAGGACCACAUCCUGCCCAUCUGCAGGUCCGACUACAACCAAUCCGACGGCUACAACUACAACAUCGGUCUGGCGAUGCCGUACGACCGCCUGUCCGGCUCCCACCCGUCACACUGACAUGCACCGUCCCAACCCGGGACUCAAUGAGGGACUGAACAGAGAACAGACACUUUCACAUUUGAUCAUUUAAUCUUUCCACAGACUGUGUCCUUUACGUCCUUUAUGUACUUUAUGACUUUCCUUUUAGCGUCGUGGUCAAAUCAAGCUUUGUAAUAUAAUGUGUUUAUUAACUGUUGCAUAGGAAUUCUAUACUUGAUUGCUACACAUGAUCACAUCGUCAGUAACCA